UCUUAUUUAAAUUGAUAAUCACCCGAUGACACCCAUGAACGUUCCUGAUAGCGCCGUGUUGGAACAGAAACCACUCAUGGCUCACAAAUGAUCUCAGCCGUCAAUCUCCAUCAGAGCAACGACGCCGCAUUCCUCAGACCAGAUCGACAACGAUAAUGGUCGAACCCACAUAGCAACCUUAACCAGCUCCAAGCAAGCUUCUUUCUAGCUUGGACAUUCAAGCUGUGAUGGGGGAAGAGAAUUCUGAUGCUAUGAACCUAGAUUUGAAUCUGAGUCCAGGUCCUGAGCCAGCAACCAAUGAAGCUAUGAACUUGGAUGCUUGGGUUGAGGAGCCAAUUCAUAGAAUCAGUGAAGCUGUGAGGCUCAGGGCUCGGCAGAGAUGGAGAUGGCGGCAGCAUCUUCAUAUCCCUCCACCUGAAGUUCAUUUUCACAUUCCACCUGAGGCAGUUCAUGUUCAUCUUCCUAUCCCUCAUCUUCCUAUCCCUCCUGAAGCGCACAAUAUCUCCAUGGAAUUGAACAAUUUUUUGGUGAAUUCUGGUCAUGGAGGCGCAUUGCAGACUGGGGAAGGAAGUGUGGCGGCUGAGGGGAGACUGGAGGAGGUGCCGAAAGCGUGUGAGAAUAUCAAUGGUGUCUCGGUUGAUGAAACAUCGCAGAAGAAGGAUGAUGUUGAAAGGGGUAGUGGGAAUGAUGGGGAUUUUUUUGACUGUAAUAUCUGCUUGGACCUGGCCAGGGAACCUGUUGUGACUUGUUGUGGCCAUUUGUUUUGUUGGACAUGUGUGUAUCGAUGGCUGCAUCUGCAUUCGGAUGCGAAGGAGUGUCCAGUUUGCAAGGGAGAGGUGACGCUUAAGAGUGUAACACCAAUAUAUGGCCGUGGAAACAAUGGUCGUAGCAGUGAGGAGGAUUCCACUCUUAAAAUCCCUCCUAGGCCUCAGGCAAGGCGUGUUGAAAGUCUAAGGCAAACCAUUCAGAGAAAUGCAUUUGCACUCCCUGUGGAAGAGAUGAUUCGGCGUCUUGGAAGCAGAAUAGAUCUUACUCGGGAUUUAGUUCAGCCAAAUGAACCGGACAAUGCUCGUGAGCAAGCUGAGAGAACCACUUCUUUGCUGAGUAGGUUCUUGACAUCUCGAGGUAUGCGGAGAGAGCAGAAUCCUGUGGCACCCCAACCCCAAGAUGAUGUAGUUGGUUUGCCACAGAACAAUGUUGGUAAUGCUGCUGAGGUAGGGGAUAACCGCAGGGUGCAAUCCCUAUUGCUUCGAAGGACUCAAUCACAUAGAGCAACACUUACUACUCUUUCAUCAGCACUGACUUCUGCUGAAAGAUUAUUUGAAGCAUAUCUCCGUAGCAAUCCAUUAAAUAGAAACCAAGAACAGCCUCCUCCUGUUGAGGACAGAGAUUCCUUUUCAAGCAUUGGUGCUGUCAUAAAUUCUGAGAGUCAAGUGGACACUGCUGCAGAAAUUGAUUCCAUGGUAUCCUUAUCAACAUCCUCCUCUAGGAGGAGAAAUGAUGCUUCCAGAGUGUCUGAUGUGGAUAGUGGAGAUUCUCGUCCUCCAAGGCGCCGGCGUCUGAACUGAUUGCAGUCUUAUAGAUCAAGUUAUUACUAUUCUGUCAUGUAAUCAUGUCAUAAUAAUUUCCCAACACCUAUGUAAGUGCUUCUAGCUUUGAUAUGUUAUGGCCUUAUAUGUAUGAAGUUUUGGCAGAUUAGAGAUGAUUUCAAAGUGCUUUUACUUA